UGAUACAAACAACAUGGCGGAAUUUUGAUCAGUUGUUAUGUUUCCUGCUAAUUUAGUUGAAUAACUUUUUGAAAAUAAUAUAAUGCUCACAAGUGAACUAUUUCAGUAAAGCAAUUGUUUAUAAGUUUUAAGAAAUUGUAUGCAGUGGUUGGUGUAUUGUCGUAUUUUAGCAUAAUUAGCUAUGAGAAGUUGGUGGUUCUCGUCUACAACCGUUAAAAUUGUUAUCAGCAAAAAAGAUCAUUGAACUGGUAUUAUUACAAAAUUCUGGAUGUAGUCGCAAUGCCGCGACGAGGAACAGAACUAGUGCAGCUGCCUGUGCCCCCAAAAAAGAAAACUAAGACAGUGGAAGAACUUCCAAGUCCUAGUCUGGACGUGAGUUACUGUGAUGAUGAAGCUCUGCCCCCUGGGAUAGUGUUUACUGAUGUCUUGCAGAAGAAAUGGAGGAUCGGAAAGCCUAUUGGUAGAGGCAGUUUUGGUCGUAUUUACUUAGCUUCCGACGAUGUUGAAAAGGAGGUCACAAAAUUAAGUGCAAGAUAUGUAGUCAAGAUAGAACCUCACAGUAAUGGACCUCUUUUCGUGGAGAUACACUGCCUCAUCAGAACUGCACAGUCUUCUCAAAUAAAAGCAUGGCGACUAGAAAACAAGCAAAAACGUAUUGGUAUGCCUGUCUACAUAGCCAGUGGGUCGUUCACAGAUGAAAACACCGGCACUAAAUACAGAUUCCUUGUCCUACCACGCUAUGACAUAGACUUACAUAAAAUCGUCGCCAGAACUAAAGUGCUGGACAUCAAAAAUGUUCUAGUACUUGCAUUACAAAUACUAGAUGUCUUGGAGUACUUACAUAGCCAAGGAUACACACAUUCUGACAUAAAAAGCUCUAAUCUAAUGCUUGGAUUUGAUGGAUCACGAGUUGGAAAAGUUCCUUUUGUAAAAUUAACUCCAUCUUUCCAAAAGGACACUAAAGAGCUAGCUGUGUUAUCUGGUAAACACAGGAGAGUGAAACCUACUAAGGGAAGAACCUCUAACUACUAUGAUGAUGAAGAUUUUAUCAUCAAGGAGUACAAGAGUCCAGAUGAAACAAAUGAUAAUGACAAGAGACUAGCAAAUGUCAAAAAGAAGCUACGUAGAAUCCUGUCAGACAGAGAUAGUAGAACUCUCCACCGACAUCAUGCAUUCAAUCUCAGACAGAUAUCCAAUUAUGUUAAUUAUGAGGAUAUGAAUAGUUCUAUCUGUUCUGAUCAAUCCUAUCAAAAACUACUGGAUGAUUUUGGUGGCAAGAACUUAAUUCGUACUACUAAAGAAUUUCAAGAAGACACUAGAAAACGAAAUGCUAGGGAAAAGAGAGAGAGUGAGCCUGAAAAUGUUGACGAAUUAUUCCAGGAAGCUGUCCUAUCACAAACUAAUGGACAGAUCUAUUUGUUGGACUAUGGUUUGGCUUCCAAAUUCCUAGACUCUGAUGGUAUGCAUAAAGAAUUCAGUAUGGAUGCCAGAAAAGCUCAUGAUGGUACAUUGGAAUAUAGUUCAAGAGAUUCACAUAUUGGAGCUCAUUCUAGAAGAUCAGAUCUGGAAACCCUUGGUUAUAAUCUGCUAGACUGGCUAACAGGAACCCUGCCUUGGAAAACAUCAGAGGUACUAGCGGAGCCUGACCUAGUCCACGCUUUAAAGAAAAACUUCAUGACUGACAUCAAAUUGUUGUUGAAAACGUGUUUUAAGACUGAAUUCUAUCCCCAAUUCUUGGAAAAAUACCUUGAAUAUGUCACAAGUCUUGACUUCACUGAGAAACCCGAUUAUGACUAUUGUAGAAGUCUAUUUAAGAGUGAAUUGUUGAAAAAUGGCUGUUCUAGUGAUAAGGAAGUGUGUCUAAGUUUUAAUGAAGCACCAAUGUCUCCAAUGAGUCGUAAACUAUAUUACUCUAAUAGGUUUGGAAAGAAAAACACUACCCCCAGUUUCUUAGCAAGGCAUGGCAUCAAGAAAACAUAUGAAAGAGAAAAUUUUUGUUCACUUGAAAAUGACUUGAAACUAGAACUAUUGAAACAAACUUUAAACUCAUCCAGUGAUGGAAUCCGCAAGCCUUGCGCGUCUCGAAACUUCUUCAUUUCAGAUGCCGAUUUAGUAGCUCGGUUGAAGAAGUCUCUAAUGCCACAUGACAUAUUUGGUAAAAAACUAUCACCUAAAAACUUGAGAUCUAAAAAGAAGAACAUAAAAAAACGCAGGGGAGUAAGAAAGCACAGGAAUAGUAUAGGCAAGUUUGGUAAUUUUAUGGGCUCUGCGCGCCAGUUUACUUGGGCGGAAAUCUUAGCCGGCAACCCAGAAGAUAUCAUUCGUAAUGCCGAACGCAAAACUGCUGCAGUGAAUACAGAGUAUGUUGAUGAUGAAACUUGCAAAUAUAGGAUCAGGAAAUUAUCAAAUGCAUCAGAGAACAGUGACUCACAUCUACAAUCACCACUGAUGCAAAAAGACUACUUACAAAACCUGAAUCCUACCUAUGCCAUGAAGGAAGUGGUGGCAGCUUUUAAGAGGAAGGUUGCUGGUAAACCAAAGGAGCCUGAAGAACCUAUUGAGGGGUUAGAAGGUUACACUCCAGCGAUGGUCAAAGUGUACAAAAUGAAAGAAAAACGAGAAGCAAAAGAGAAAAUGGAAGCUUUGAAACAACAGACAUGUGCUAAGAAAGAAACUGCUCAAGUUCAAACUAGAUGCACAAGGUCUAUGAGGAGUAAGAAUCCAGUGGAACCAAGUUCCAGAGUCACAAGAAAAAAAGGUAGUGUUGACAGUAGUAAGUCAGUAGAGGUUGAAUCGAAAGUAGUUCCUAAGUGUACUGGUAGAACGCAAAGUAAGAAGGUCGCAAAUAAGAAGGAGGACAAAGAAACUAGUAAGAAGGAAAAGAAAGAAGUUGUAGUUGUAGAGCCCGAGAAACCCACAGUGAAACCUACAAAAAAAACAAGAAGCAAGACCCUUACAGUUGUGAGCAACAGAAGGAGGUUGAGAAGUAGUAAACGCAAGAAAUGAUUGUAGUACUUUGUCACUGGUCCAUCUCUAUGUCUAGAUUGAGGGUGUAUGAGUGUCGCUUUUCAAAUCUAUAGGUUAAGCUCUAAUGUAGGUACCGCCUCGACUCUAUUUUUUUAUUUUUCAAAUCAUUGAAGAUAUUAUUCUUAAAUAAUAUCGAUUUGUUCUAAUCUAACGAAUAAGAUUGAUUGACGGUGUAAACUUGACCCACCAUUUGUUUUGCAUAAUGAAAUUAUUGAAAAAUGAAAUAUGAUUGUUACAAAAAACUGUGAUUUUAUAAUUUGUGAGUUAGAUGUAAAAUAAUUAUUGACGUGAUUUUAGACAAGCCCACUUGACUAAAAUCUACAAGAAUAAGGGCUUUAUUCGAAUAUUACUUGCAUUUAAUAAAAAUAAUUGGUUUUCCUUAGUAGCUAUGUACUUGAGUACUAUUAGCCGUUUUUGUCAUUGUCGGCUUGACGUUCCUUUGUGUAAGUCCUUUGAUUAUUAUAAAAUAAAUCAUUUUGUUGAAA